AUGGAGGGGGUGGGUUCAGACAUCAGGUUUCUUGAGCAUCCACAUCUUGGGGUCGUGGCGAUUCGGGGCAACUUGCAGCCUGCAGAAGUGACGACAUUUCUGAAGUGGAUCGAGCGUGUAUUGACGCCAGUUGUGGAGGAAAGUGCGAUAGACAACUUGCCGGUGACGCUUUCUAGAAACACGCCCAUUUCGAAAGCCGUAGUGGCAGCGUGUGCUAGGAGAGAUCUGCCCGCAAAUGGAGGCAGCGGCUACGGCGGAGGUGGCUACGGCGGAGGUGGCUACGGCGGAAGCGGAGGUCGUGGAGCGAAACGCUGUUACCGGUGUGGCGAGAUGGGGCACACCGGUCGCAUCUGCCCGCAGAACGGAGGACCGGGCGGCGGUGGUCGGCGUAGCGAGGGCGGUGGACCCUACGGACAGAGUUCAUAUGCUACUGGAGCGAAUGCGACGGGUAUUGGAAGUGGGUACAGUAGUAGUUCAGGCGGUGGGUAUGGCGGCGGUUCAGGGGGCGGUGGUCAGGGGGGUGGCGUAUACGGAUCUGUGCGAGGAGGACAAGAUUCCGAGUCGGGAACGGUGGUGCGCAACGGCUAUGGUUCGGAGCCUCCGCGAGGGUACGGCUCGCUUCCCGAACGUAUCGAGGAGAGCAGCUCCUCUCCCCCGGUCUACACAGCGCCCCCAAUGAGCGACGGCCCCGCGGCGACCGGCGGUAGCCGACAGACCGAUACCCCCCCACAGGAUGAAGCGGAACCAGGCGAGGAAGGUUGGGUGCCGAAGCUGGACUUGAUCAAAGGUGAAGAAAAGGCGAUGUACGACCUUAUUUCUGACGAGGAAUAA